GAGGUGCCUAGCCUGUGCUAAAUAUAAGCGCAUGCGCAUUAUCCGCCAGCGAUAAAAUGGCGACUCGACUACCAGCAUUAGCCAUACAAUGCUGGAAGGCGCUCUAGCUCUAACUCUGCAACGGAUCAUUUUCAGAGAAAACCCCACAUAUAUUCUGACCCUCGUCGCCCGUUGGGUAGAUGGUAUCAUUUCUGGGACGAACAGACACCCGAGAAUCGUAUGAUGAUGGCGAACUCUGUAAAGGGGUGUGGCUUCUCUGUUUCAGCUCCGAGUUUGAACUGGGGAAGUUUGAGACGGCUCUUGCAGAAUUGUGGAAAGAUGAGUUUCAGAUCGACCUUCCAUUCUCAGAGCUAGAAGAUGUGUCCGUCAUCCAGAGAGCUCGUCACACAGUUGACCUCAUGACCUCUACCAGUCUCCGUAGCGACAGCAUCACCAAGGGGAGAACAGAGUUCACGUACAGCUCCACUUUUUAAUCACAUUACAUCACUACUUCAUCACCAUGUCGGUUAUAUAAUACUCACAAAUUGAUCAAUCACAUGAUUUUGAAGUGCACUAACACAUAAUAUGUAUACACAAAUAAAUUACAGC